AUGGUUACUCACCCUGCAAACAUGGUCAUGACCAUAGUUCCUCGUGCCAUUGCAUCGCUGGCAAAUUCUGAAAGAAUUACGAAUUACUUAAUACAUGGUACAAUUGAAGACUGUCGAUUAGAUAUACGGCAGGCUCAGGUUGGCUCGGGCAUUACAGAAACUCAUAAGCGGGCAGCUGUCUUACUAGCCGAUGUGAGCAUUCAAUCUUCACAUACAAGUAAGCCAAUAUUGAAACAGCUUAACUGUAAGGUCAACAAGGGGUCCAUUGUCAUGUGCGCAGGCCCCGUUGGAUCAGGGAAAACAACUUUAGCUCGGGCGCUACUCGGGGAAAUAUCUCCCUCUAGUGGUGUGAUUUAUACGUCCUCUAAGCGCAUAGGGGUAUGUGCCCAGGAGCCAUGGCUCCCAAGUGGCAGUAUCAAGGAGGUUAUAUGUGGUGGUCUUCAGGUUGACGAAACCUGGUACGAGCAGGUUUUACUUGCUUCUGAGCUGGUGAAAGACCUAGACACCCUCUCAGAUGGCGACGGUACCGAGAUCCGGUUUCCUGGUCUCAACUUGUCUGGCGGCCAGCGACAACGUGUGGGUAUUACCUCAAUGCGAUGGGUGUUCGGAAUGGCCUUUUCAUGUUAA